AUGAAAGAAAUCAUGAGAUGGAGACAGAUUGCUCUAAGUCCUGGUCUUGAACAUGAAGAUCUAUAUACUCAUCUCAACAAAUUCUAUGAGAUUGUCGACACACUUGAUGCUCCAGAAGCUGGAGAGGAACAAGUGUUCAUGAGAAAUAGAAGAAGAAAAGAUGAGGUUAAAUUAGAAAAAAAUAAAGAGGAAGAAUUAGUUGAAAAUAAGAAACAUGAAAAGGAAGAGUUAGAAAAGAAAAAGGAGAGAGGAAAAGAAGAAGAAAAUUCAAGAGGAGAAGGAAAAGAUGAAGAUUAUUCUGGUUCAACACUUACCUUAUCCACAUGCUCCUUCCAAGAAAGACAAUACAAGGAAUUAUGCAAGAUUUCUGGAUAUAUUAGUCGUUUGCAGAUAAAUAUUCCAUUUUCUAAAGCUCUUGAACAAAUGGCAACUUAUUCUAAGUUUAUGAAGGACAUUCUUAUAAAGAAAAUGAGGUAUACGGAUCAAGAAACCAUCAAUCUCGAUGCUACUUGUAGAUCCAUCAUUCAAAGAACUCUUCCACGGAAAGAAAUCGAUCUUGGGAGGGUUAUAUUACCUGUCACCAUAGGAAAUGUAUACAUUGGCAAAGCAUUUAUUGACUUGGGUUCUAACAUAAACUUGAUUUUGUUGUCCGUGGUUCAAAGGUUAAGCAACAUUGAAAUGAAAUCAACAAAGAUGACAUUACAAUUGGACGAUAAGUCUAUCACUCGUCCACAUGGAGUAGUUGAAGAUUUUUUAGUAAAGGUGGACAAGUUCUUGUUUCCUAUUGAUUUUUUUGUUAUAAACAUGGAAAAAGAUGAUAAUGCACCUUUGAUUCUAGGCCGACCUUUCAUGAAGACUGCAAGAAUGGUGAUUGAUAUUGAUGAUGGAUUAAUGAAGGUUAGAGUUCAAGAUGAAGACGUGUGUUUUAACCUCUUUAAAGCCAUGAAACACUCACAAGAUAAAAGAGAUUGUUUCCGAAUGGAUGACACUAAUGAAACCAUUAUGGAUGUGAAAAGACAAGUUCAUUUAUCCAUUUCACUUGUGAAAACUCUUACCGAUGCAUUCAAAGUUCUUAAUAAAGAUGAAGAAAAAGAGAUUGAAGAAUGCUUAAGAGAACUUGAGGCAUUAGAAUAA